CAAACAGACCCCGACCUGGACUCUCAAAGAAAAAACAUAAGAAUCAAUGAUUAACAGUGGAGGGGAAUUAAAUAUGGAUAAAUAGGUUACUUUACAUAUUGAGGGACACAUUUUUCAAUGGCAUUACAGGAUCUGUGCGGUUUCAAGGACUCUUUUCUCAACUCUAGAUGGAAUUUUCAAGCUUCACAUCGCAUGGCCCAGGAAGACACCUGCAUGCUUUUUGGGAAGAGAACCAGAGAUAUAUCAAGCAGGGGAUUGUCGUGGAGCAACAGUGAGAGCCCACUGCAUCUUUAUAUACCAGCUGCGGAAUACCUCAGUGAAAGCCCGAUACAGUUUGGCCAAAUCAACCCCAACACUGCACCAAACCAUAUCACCCCCCUUCACCAGGAUUCAAACCUACCUUUCCUCUCUUUUCCUCCUGGCUUUCCUCCCUCCUCCUCUCCCUCUGUCCCUCUGCCUUUCCCCAUGUCUCAUGGCACCACCACCCUGGCCUUCAUGUUCCAGGGGGGAGUGAUAGCUGCAGCAGACACACGGUCCAGCUGCAAUGGGCUGGUGGCCUGCCCAGCCUCCCAGAAGAUCCUGCCUGUCCACUCCCACUUGGUGGGCACCACCUCGGGCACAUCCGCCGACUGUGCCCUAUGGAAGAGGAUCCUGGCUCGGGAGCUCCGGCUUUACCAGCUCCGCCAUGGCAGAAGGCUGUCCACAGCUGGCGCUGCCAAGCUACUAGCCCACAUGCUGCACCCGUUUAAGGGCACUGAGCUGUGUGUGGCAGCCACUCUGUGUGGUUGGGACGGAGGUGAGGUGGAGACAGGUCCUCUUGAGCAUGGCAGCAAAGGGGCGGAUCAGCAAGAGAACAGAUCAAAGAUGGGGAGUGAAACAGAUGAUCUGGAAAAGACAUCAGAAAGUGACUCAAUCUCUCAAGCAGAGGCACGGGGAAGGAAUCCGUGCCUCUCACCAGCCAUGAGUCGGCAACACUGUUCUGCUGGAGGUAAACAGUUAGUGCUCUCUGGCCCCAGCUUGUACUAUGUCUGCAGUGACGGGACUCGCCUGCAGGGAGCGCUGUUCUCUGUGGGAUCUGGCUCGCCCUAUGCCUACUCUGUGCUGGACGGAGGGGUACAGUGGGGGCUGACGGUGGAGGAGGCCAUCUCACUGGCCAGAGAGGCUGUGUACAGGGCCACACACAGGGAUGCAUACUCUGGGAACUGUGUGGAUGUGUACCAUAUCACCUCACAUGGGUGGACUCGCAGGGACAGAGAGGAACUGAGAGAGGAGUAUUACAGAGAGAAGGAGAGAGAAAGAGUGAAGGUGAAGGGAAGGAGGGAGAAACAGGAAGGAGUGGAAGAUGGGCAGAGCAGUGGUAGAAAGAAGUGAAACUAAAGAAGGCAAAAGAGAGUUGGAAAUAAAGGCUUAGAAGAAGAAAGAAAACAAGAAACUUGUAAGGGACCAAUAACUGUACCCUACAGGGUUUUACUGAGAUUGUUUGUAGACCGAUGAAUAUUGAUCCUUUUUGUAAACAUCAGAGGUCAUGUGUUAAUUUAUGUUCAAAACCAGAUUAUGGACUAGAUUAUUCACAUGAUUCACAUUUAUUCUUGAUAGAAAUGUAGUGCUUGAUUUAGAAUUUAGUCUUGAACCACAAUGGCGUUGAAUUAAAAACAUAAUAAUUUCUGAGAAUUGCCAAGAAGACUCUGGAGGCAUUAAUGCAAGAUGUCCCUGGACUGCAGAAGGAAAGUGGGCCACAACCUGGUCCUCAACCUGCAUCUACCUUGUUUCCUGUGAAUGGGACAACCACGGGGAGUCUAUGGUAAGGCUCAUAGAGGUUUUGAAGGAGGCUCCUCUCCUCUGGGGUCGGCCCAGGCUGCAGGGCUGGAUGAGGAUGUGCGGGCCCUGUCCACAUGCUGGAGGCUCUGUGCCUCUCGGGAGAUAAAAGGGGCACGAUCUGCCAGUAGAAAGAAGUAAGGCCAAGAGGUCACUGUUGGGUGCGCCUCUAUCUUAUCAAAGGAUAUGCAUGGUUUCUUGGGGUAGGGAGGCGGGAUAGGUUAAUAAGAAUAAUAAUGAUAUGAAUUUAUUACAUUUCUAUAGCGCUUUUCAUAGAAUCUCAAAGCGCAUAAAGAGCAAAAAAACAAACAAGCAAUAUAUCAUGACAGGUCAACCAAGGUUGAAGAUCAGGUGAGGCUGUAAAAUCCAUUAAAGUAUUUUUUAAGGUAAAUCAAUCAUACUGUGUGUUCAGAGAUCUUCAGUACAGUAAAACUACAUGUAAUUUCUCUCAACAAAUAAGAAAUAUGUGUCAUGAAGCCUAAUACUGCAUUUUCAUCAUUGUGAACCAUCAUAUUUUCAUAAAGAUUUUUCUUUAUCAUGUGUUAACAAACUUCUACUAAAUAAUAACCCAUAAUGAACUUCUAUAAUAUCGAAAUACCCUUUUCCUC